GCCAGAGCAGCAAGUGCUGAGUGAGACCAGAGCAUCCCUGCACCCCAUUCCUGCAUCCCACCCGUGCAACCCAGCGUGAGCUCAGGACUGAAUCCAGAAGCUUCUGGGUCCUCCCUAGCUGCAGCACCGGACCCCCGUCCCGACAGCCACUUGCACGGGAGCAAAUCGACCAGGGGUGCCACUUUGGAACUGGGAGACGAUGGUGCCCCUGGGCAGCCCUUCUCUUGCUGUCUGUGCCUCCAGCAACCUGCGCCUCGUGGCCCCGGGCCGCAGCUCCCCCCUGGCCUGGCUGAACCGCGGUCCCGAGUGCCCGCGGGAGCUGGGGGGCAGCAGGGGCAGGACCCCCAGCGCCGUGGAGCGGCUGGAGGCCGACAAGGCCAAAUACGUCAAGUCCCAGCAGGUCAUCAACAGCAGGCAGGAGCCGGCGCUGCGGGGCUGCUCGCCUCGCUUCUCGCCCCGCUUCUCGCCCCGCGGCCGGCGCCUCCUGGCCCGUCAGCAGUGUAACGAGCUGUGUCCGGGCUCCGAGCUGGGCCGGGAGGGUCCCAGGAAGCUGCCGUGUCCCCAGUCUCCCGUGUCACGCCGGGCCGGUGGCAGGCGCCUGCUGAGACCCGACUCCCUCAUCAUCUACCGGCAGAAACGGGACUGCUCGGCCGGGGACAAGGAGAACACCAAGGGCGCCGGGCUGGUGCGACGCCUCUUCCAGGGACCCCUCAGAGACAAGCCCCCCAGCUCUCCCCCGGCCAGGAGGCUGGGUGAGGAGCCUCCAGCCCCCCAGAGCCCCGAGACCCCCAUGCUGUGGGUGCCCGCGGAGAAGGUGGAGGUGAGGACGCAAGGUGCCAGCAGCAGCAGCGGGGGCAGUGGUGGCAUCUUCGCUCUUCCUGGCAGCGCCACGGCACAGCCCCCGCAGCCCCCCGGCAAGCAGGCGCUGGCGCUGCGCGCAUCGCUGCCGCUGUCGGAGCAGGAGCGGUUCUUCAACUACUGCGGGCUGGAGCGGGCGCUGGUGGAGCUGCUGGGCCGGGAGCGGUUCGGGCCGGCGGGCUGGGACAACGCCUCGGCUCGGCUCCACGGCUCCGCCGAGUCCGAGCCCGGCCGGGCCUCGGAGGGCAGCGAGGGCCGCGCGGGCCCGAGCGAUGAGGAGCCGGAGGCUCGGCUGGGCUCCAGCGUCUCGGUGGUGGAACGCAACGCCCGGGUCAUCAAGUGGCUCUACGGCUGCCAGAGAGCCUGGGCGGCUGCCAAGGAGUCCACCGUCUAGCAGAGGCAGCCUGGCUGGGCACAGGGACAUCCGUGCGGCGCCCGCUGCCUGGAUGUGGCCGAUGGGCUGGUGGCAUCCACGGCCCUGGUGCCGUGGGGCUGCUGUUGGCUGGGAGGUCCAACCCCAGAGCUCAGCAUGGUGGCGGCACCUGAGGGGCCACUUACAGAAGGAACUUUCCUGGCAGAGUUUGCCCUUGGCCCCCGGGGCCGGUGGGCUGCUGUCCCUCUGCUGUCACCUACCUUCUCCAGCCUCCCCGGGUGGUGGGAUGGGCCUGCAGCCCCCAUCGGCUGCUCACCUCCGAGACCAGCUGCAGGCUGUAGGGGGUGGGCAGAGCCUGGGCACUCAGUGCCCACCCCGCAGCCCCUUCCAACACUCAAUAAACCUGCUUUGGGUUUUUUUGUA